UUCAAGUUUGAUGAUAGGACAAAAGAACCUAAGAUAACAAUAUAAUAGUAGAUAAACAUUGUUCCAUACACUAAUACGCUCCUGUUCGGCGUCCGUACUGUAAACACGUACGGUGGUUGCGUGGCGAUGGCAGCGCGCCGCGGGUACCAGCCACCGCGCCACUCCGCGCUCGGCGCCCGCCAGUCAGCAGUUGGCUGCCACCUCCGCCCGCCCGGCGCUCGCGAGUCACGGACCUUGCCUGCUGCAAAGCUCUGCUCUAGUUCACUUCCUCACAGAAGAUAUAUAGACAUACCAAUACAAGAAAACGAACGCCCAGCAAAGAUACAAUUCGCUCUCAUUUGUCUCAUUUAUCUAAACACAACUCUCCCUUUAUGCCUGUAACUGAAAUCAACCAUGAACACGCAUAGAUCGGACGCUUCCACAUCUACUGAUGAUGACAUGAAGGAACGUCCGCUGUGCCUGUUCUACUUCACGCACCCGUUCGGCGUACUGUCCCCGGAGCCGCCCACCGUGACCGCGGCGCCGGCGCACGUCGCGCGCGCCUUCAUCAACAUGGAGCCCGUCUCACCUUUCCACUUCUGGAACACCUCCACGAACGAGUCUUACAACACGGCCACCACCGUCACGAGCGUCCCAAACGAGCCCAGCGCCUCCACCUCCAAGCUCAAGUAUGACUUGGGUAAAACAACGGUUCACAAGAAUCCUGUUAACCUCGUGAGUGUUGCUAGAACUCGCAAGUGUACCAUCGACUUUGGGCCCGGGCGUGAUGCGGUAUCGUCCUCGUUAUUUUCCAGUGAUAUCUGGAUCAGUUCCAGUUCUAGCUCCAAGAGUUACGAAUACACUCGACGAAUUAUACCGUACCACAGAAUCCUGCCGCCUCUACAGUUACCGCCCCCGAAGGACGCCUCGUCUUGGGAGAGUUCCGACGACAACACGUGGCCCGUGAAGUAUAUAAAUCGUGAAAAGUUUUCUUUGCCCCCGAUCGAAAUGCCAACAGCCAGAGACAGUGAGGAUAUUAUGAGGACUAAACACGUGCGCGCAGCAGACUCAGUGUCGAGCGUUGAUAGUGUGAGUGGUAAAGUGAAGUGCAGGAGAAGAUUGGGAGUGAAGAAACAUAGAAAACGAGUGCAGUUGAGCGGCGUGCGGCGGAUGGUCACCUGCCUAAUGCGGAGGACGGUCAGAGGUAUACUUUUACAUUUACAUCGAUACUAAGAAUAUUAAAGGCGCGUAACUGUUUUGCGAUUUUUUUAAAUACCUACACAGAUACCUACAUCUAAACUAGCUCUUUUUUACGUCAAUGCAUGAUUUAGAGGAUUUUUAUCGUCAGAGAAACUCCCACGUGCUUUAUUUAAAAAAAUGUACUAUAAAGGUGUUAUCCCUUACAAUGGAUUUAAAGAGUCUAUUUUUGUAAAAGGCGAGAAAUUUAGGUACUGUUAUUAAAAUAUUUCCUUUCGCUGCAGUUCAUUCUUCCU